AUGUCAAGUACGACCGGCAAUGGCUCUGCCUCCAAUCGUCCGAACACUUCGACUCAAGUCCCGGGCGAGCUCAUAAUCUUUCCAAUCGUGCCAACCGGACCACCAGCGGAUGAGGUCGACCCUUCCCGCCAUUUCUUGAAGUUGAUGGCGGAUAUGUCGACGGUUCUGAAUGGCUUGGAUCCUGCGCAGUAUGGUGGCUACCGCUUUGCCAUGAUCGACAGUCCAGACCGGUCAACCGAAUCCAGGGACGACCUCUUCAAGGCAGUAUCCUCGUGGGUAAUAUCCGGUGCUGAGGAGAUGCCGGUCCCGGAAGGUAGAGCCCGCGGGGUUCUUAUUCAGUUCAAACAUCAUAUGAAAAUGGCGGUCGACCUGUUCUCCGAAUUCCACAAACUCUCGGGCGAAGAGCAUUCCCGCCCCAUCAAGCCUCUUCCCGCGCAGUCCGCCGUCAAGCCCAACGGGUUCCCGCUCACAGCCAGAUACUCUUCCCCCCCACCCGCCGCUGUCAGGGAUCAACCGCCCGCCACACCUGCUACCCCUGCCGCCACCCCCUCCGAUAAAAAGCUCACAUAUCAAUAUGUAGCUACCAUUCGUCCAACAGAAACGGACGCGGAGGCGCUCCACAACGCUUUGAUGCGUGCUGCCCGACGAGCCCGGCUACCUGACGAUCCGUCCGAACCGCCUCCACCAUCUCUCCACGUUCAAUUACCAUCGAUUCCCGCCGCCUGUCACAGGACGAUCGAUAUCGGGCCCGACACGUUCCUCACUUUCGGCCGAGAUCAUCGAGAAGCCCGACAACCCUUACGUACGCGUCGCUUUGGAGAUCGGACUUUACGGUACAGGAACGCACAGAUCCGUACGCGAAGCGAGGGAAAGGACGUCGAAGCGAACGAGAGAGAAGAACGUAGACGAGUCGAGAGGCGAACGAUGUAG